AUGUAUCCGUGCAAAUUGAGUAUCUCCGGUACAUGGUCGAAAUUGAUUAAGAGUUGUAAAAGAUUUAAAGUGGGUGGCACUUCUGCUCCUCAAAUGAUCCGCGGCAUAGUGGGUAACGGGAUGGAUAUUAAAUUCUGGAUUGAUCCUUGGGUUUCUAAUACCCCGUUAAAGGUUUUGUUUCCUAACUUGUUCCGGCUUGAAAGAAAUAAAUGGUGCAGCGUUGCGGAUAGACUUGGAGGUCUCUAUGGCAAUGGGCCGGUUUCUUGGAGCUGGCGUGUUUACCCCUCCUCGCCAGAACAGGUCGCCGAUCUGAUUAGUUGCCACAGAAUGAUUCUGGGCCAAUGCUUGGUAAACAGGGCUGACACUUGGGCAUGGUAUGAUAGUGGCCCGCUUGAUUUUUCGGUCAACAUUGCAAAACAUUGGGCUGUUAGUGCUCGGGUUGGCAGCAUCAUCCCUUCCAUCAAUUUUAAUUGGUGUAAGUGGAUCCCGUUAAAAUGUAAUGUUUUCAUGUGGAGGUUGUUGUUGGAUAGAAUUCCGACUAAAGUGGCGCUUCGUAGUAGAAACAUCAUCCAUGGAGAGGUUUCUUGUGGUUUCUGCAUGCUUGAAAAAGAGAAUGUGGAUCACAUGUUUACGGCUUGUGGUAUGGCGGCUGGUUUGUGGCAGGGUAUCGCUUCUUGGGUUAAACUUCCUCCCAUUUUUCUCUUCUCGGUUAAAGAUAUUGUCGAAGUGGUUGAAGGUUCGAGAUGGUCGAAGAAUAAAAAGGAGCUAUUAUAUGGGAUCCUCAUUGUGGCUUGUUGGCGUCUAUGGAAAGCUCGGAACGAGAGAGUUUUUGCUCAAAAGAAUAGGAACGCCGUAGAGUUAGUGGCGGACAUUAAGUCCCUGUCUUAUCUUUGGUUAUGUAGUACAGGUAGAUUUGGUGGGGUGGAUUGGAAGGGGUGGAAGUCAUUUGUUUUUGAUGUGAUGUAA